AUGGGCGUGGACCCGUGGGCGGACGAGAACGCCGCGGCGGACCCCGCGAGCGCGUCCGCGGGCGGCGGCGGCGACGACGACGACGCGCGCGGCGACGGCGACGCGUUAGAGCGCGAGGCGCGGAGACGGCGCGAGCUCUUCUUCGCGGAAGGAUUCCGCGACGGGAUCGAGGAGGGGAAGAGCGCCACGGUGCAGGAAGGGUUCGACCGCGGGUUUCGAGAGGGUGCGGUCGCGGGGCUGGCGUACGGUCGCGCGCGAGGCGCGGUGCGCUCGAUCGCGGUGUUCGCGGGUCAGGUCCCCGGGUCGUCGGGGUGGCGCGACGACGCGAGAGAGAGCGACGCGUUCGUGAGAGAGGUGCCGCCGGCGAAAGCCGUCGCCGCCGCGCGCGCGGACUUCGAAGCCGCGGUGCGCGCGGAGGCGGAACCCGGGAAGAAGAAGGAGGGCGCGUUCGCGAGCAGAGCGCGCGCGGCGAGGGAGGAGCUCUCGAGCGCGGGGUUCGCGCUCUCGACGGACGACUAUCGCCUCGGCGACGACGGCGGCGGCGGCGGCGGCGGCGGCGCUGCGGCGUCGUAGCGACGCUUCCUUCGACGGGUAACGCGUGGUAUAGCUUACAUCC